AUGCGGCAGAAAAAGUUGUACAGAGGUCUUGUCAACACAGUCCUCGGGAAAGCCGUUUUAAUGAGGUCGCCUCCUCCUGGCGAAGAGGAGAUACAAAAAUCCGCCAAGGACAGAAAGAGAAAGAAGGAGACACCGGCGGAGUCCCCGAAACCAAAGAGAGCUAAGGCUCGAAAACCCAGGGACGACGCAACGGUCCUUACUUCAGCAGCUGCUGAGAGUCUUCGUGCCGAAGGGGAAGACGAUGAUAGUUGCCUGCUGAACAAGAGGACUCCCGAUGUGGGGACACCCCGAGAAGGGGAUGAUGCAUUUGGAGAUUUCUUUGUUGGUGUUGAAGAGGAUACCGAUCUCAAUGCUCCACUCAUUCUUGAGGAAGCUGCGAAACUUCAAAAACAGGUCAUGAUGUUGUAUGACCAGGCCUUCUCCAAGUUACGAGCUGAACUGACUCAUUGUGAAGGUGAGUUUGAGAAGCUCUCUUCGGAUUCAAAUGAACUAAAGGCUCGAUACGCCCAAAGGGAAAAGGAAUUGAACAGCCUUCGGGGAGGUUCAGAGAAAAUGCUUCAAGAGCGGGCCAACUUUGUCGAGCAGAUUAAGCGAAGGGAUGCCCUAGCGGCCAAGGAUGUGGAGAUCCUUGAGCUGAGACGGUACAAGGAUAGCAUGGCCCUGGAAAGGGAUGCUCUUCGAGGGGAGCUAGCCUCGACACAGAGUCUUCUUCUCGGUGCUAAAGAGGAGGCUCACAAAUUCGAGGCGCUUCAUGCUGAGUCAGCCGCCGCGUUAUCAUCGGCAGCGAAUGCUCGAGCCAGGGAGAUAUCUAACAAGGCCGUGCUCAAGCUAGCUCGUUCCCUUACAUAUGCUCGAUUAGAGGCUAGGAGGCAGGCCUUUGAAGAAGUGCACGCCAAGGGUUUCGACCUCUCUGCCGAGAUUGAAGAAGCGAAGGCCUUGGAAGAGGAGUCUGCAGCUCUGACUACUUCGGACGAGGGCUCUUCAAGUAGCUCAGAGAGUAGUGGAGAUGAACACUAG